GCUGCGCCGGUGAAUGCUCACACGUGGUUGUGUUUCCCCCGAACCGGUACUGGCGGAGAAGUAAUUUAAACUGUCUUCCCGGACCUAGUGAGCAAAGCCGGAGCUAUGGAGGGCCAGAGCGUAGAGGAGCUGCUGGCAAAGGCGGAGCAGGAUGAAGCGGAGAAGCUGCAGCGCAUCACGGUCCACAAAGAGCUGGAACUGGAGUUCGAUCUGGGUAACCUACUGGCUUCGGACCGGAACCCCCCAACAGGCCUGCGACGCGGGGGACCCCCGCCGGAGGCCGAGCUGAGGGCUUUGGCGCGGGACAACACGCAGCUGCUCAUAAACCAGCUGUGGCAGCUGCCGACGGAGCGCGUGGAGGAGGCGGUGGUGGCGCAGCUGCCGGAACCCACCACUCGCCUGCCGCGCGAGAAGCCAGUUCCCCGGCCGCGGCCCCUGACACGCUGGCAGCAGUUCGCGCGACUUAAGGGCAUCCGUCCCAAGAAGAAAACCAACUUGGUGUGGGACGAGGUGAGUGGCCAGUGGCGGCGCCGCUGGGGAUACCAGCGCGCCCGCGACGACACUAAGGAGUGGUUGAUCGAAGUGCCGGGCAAUGCCGACCCCAUGGAAGACCAGUUUGCCAAGCGGAUUCAGGCUAAAAAGGAACGAGUGGCCAAGAACGAGCUGAACCGGCUACGUAACUUAGCCCGUGCGCACAAGAUGCAGCUGCCCAGCUCGGCCGGUAUGCACCCUACCGGACACCAGAGUAAGGAGGAGCUGGGCCGCGCCUUGCAAGUGGCCAAGGUCUCCACUGCUUCUGUGGGGCGCUUCCAGGAGCGCCUGCCCAAGGAGAAGGCACCCCGGGGCUCCGGCAAGAAAAGAAAGUUUCAGCCCCUUUUUGGGGACUUUGCAGCGGAGAAAAAGAGCCAGUUGGAGAUGCUACGAGUCAUGAACAGCAAAAAACCUCAGCUGGACGUGACAAGGGCCACCAAUAAGCAGAUGAGGGAAGAGGACCAGGAAGAGGCUGCCAAGAGGAGGAAAAUGAGCCAAAAGGGCAAGAGAAGGGGGCACCGGCAGGAGCCUGCAGGCAAGAGGAAAGGGGGUCCACCCAGCCUGAGGGGGAAGAGUAAAGGAAGCUUGGGAAGCAAGAUGAAUUCCCGGGCACCUGGCUUGGGUAGCAAGAGGAAAGGAGGGCAACGCCAAGGAGGAAAGAAAAGGAAGUAAAGUUCACCCUCUGACCCGCCUGCCUGUAAACUGAGAACUAUUCUAAAUGUUGAGAUCCAAGACCUGUAGGGGGAUAAAGAAGGCCACCGACUUCAUUGAACUUGAGGUUGUAGGGAUAGGAAUGCUCUCCCCUCAAGAAGUAUGUAAAUGUUGGACUUUACAGAUUAAUUUUUUUUUCCCAAUGACUAGGCCUUUGGCUGGAAAUCUAAAGGAUGUAUUUGAGGACAUAAGAAUUUGGUCGAAAAAGCCAUCUUUUUUUUCUUUUUUUUUUAAAUUUUGGAUGUGGUGUGAGGGAGAAUUGUUAGGCGUUAUUUUUAUUACAAGCUUGUGUAUUUCUCAAAAGUGGGACACAAAGAUCACAUUUUCAGAACUGGCCUUAAAAGUAAUGGUGAAGUUAUUUAAUAAAAGUAUGUCUGUAGCUAA